GGAUCAUAAAAAGAAACAGAGCACUAUGGAGAAAACAGAGGAAAGUGUCGGAAUCAGAGUUUACACGGCAACUCCGCCGCAGAAACUGUCACCGUCGAAGCCAGUUCCGAUCUCCUCACUGCCGUCGCUUACCCCCGGAGCCGGAAGAAAACGCCGGAUGGUGGCAAAGGGUGUCCAGAAAACCGUCUCGAAGACGUCGAUGCUCGUCAAUUUCCUCCCGACGGGAACGCUCCUAAUGUUCGAGAUGGUUCUGCCGUCAAUCUACCGUGACGGAGAGUGUAACGGCGUUAACACGCUCAUGAUCAAUCUCCUCUUAGUCCUCUGCGCUAUGUCUUGCUUCUUGUUCCAUUUCACGGACAGUUACAAAGCUGCCGACGGGAAGAUCUAUUACGGGUUCGUGACUCCGAAAGGACUUGAGUCGAUAAACCGCCAACAACCGUCGUUUAACUUUUCUGAAAAACAACACACACUUAUACAUAAUACAAUCAUCAUUCACUUUUACAACACUAAUCUAAUCGGAUCAUAA